AUGGAAGCUCAAUUUAUUAAUGUUCAUCAAUCUCUUUUAACUUAUUGGUCUGAUUAUUUAUCAAAUGUUAAUUAUGUAUGUAUAUUGAUAAAUACAGAUGAUGAUUUAGCAGUACCAUAUAUACUUUCAAAACAAUUAUUACAAACUGGUAUGCAUGCUCGUACUCGUCAUAUACUCAACAAAGAAUUAUUUCCUUUAAAUAUUGAUAUGAUUUCAUAUUAUCGUACUAGUUAUGGACAUAAACUUAUUUACUAA